CUUUCAACUCCACCCCUUAUUUCUGCCGUAUCAGUGCCUAUUCUGAUAGCUCUCUAUCUGUCCAAGUGUCUUUAUAGAGAAGAGCAUCAGAAUUUCCACAGCUCUCUGUCGACUGCAGAAACACACAGUUUCAGUGUAUACAGUGUACACUCUAUACAGUCCACCACUCCCACAGGCAACGGUCAUGGCAACGGUCCAGUCACCUGGCAUAGCUCCAACGGUAGUUUACAACCAGCAGCCCGUCAUGCCCACCGUCACUCAGACAUUCCAGCCAGCGCCUGCCCAGGUCACAGUAGUUAUUCCACCACGUCUGACUGAAGUUCCUGGGCAGAUGAAAUGUCCUUACUGCCAGCAGCAGAUCGUCACAGAGACGACAUACAUCAAUGGAACAAUGGUGUGGGUCAUCUGUGGAAGUCUUGGCAUUUUAGGGAUCUGGCCGUGUUGUUUGAUUCCGUUCUGUGUGAAUGCCUGCAAGGACGUAGAGCAUCGCUGUCCAAGCUGCAAAAGUGUUGUCUAUGUGUACAGACGCAUGUAACUUGUUCUGAAGUGAAGAAAAUCUGAAUGACCAAAAGAAAAAACUUUACUGUCAGCAUCUUUUGGACAUUGUAGUCGGUUACUGAUUCCAAGUUACAUUACAAAAAUCUUAAUUUGUAACGUAAUCCAUUACAUUACACAUUUAAUGUAAUAUAAUCUGAUGACUUUUUGAUUACUUUUAGAUUACUUUUGACCUUACUAAUUUAUCACAUUGACUUGAUUAGGAUAAUCUUGUACCAUAUUGAUAUAAAGAUACAAAAAGAAAGAAAAUUUCUUUGUUAUCAACAACAUGAAGUGCAUUAAGUAUUACGUCAAGUCAGGGUUUCUCAGACUGGGGUUUGUGAAGGAAUUGCAGAGGGGUUUUGAGUUUAAUGAAAAGCUAUUAAGUAAUUAAAUCAUAAAAAUGUAAGAUAUGCUUUUUUAGAAAGGAAUAAAAAAAAAAGAAUUAGGGAGAAUCAAUGAAUUAUGAAUAAUUUACUGUUAUUGUGAGAAAAACAUGUAAUCACAGUACCUGUAGUCUGAUUAGGAGUAUUUUAAAAUGUAAUAUAAUCUUAAUUACAAGUACUUAAUUUUCGGAAUCUGAUUACAUAAUCCAGAUUACAUUUAAUUAGUUACUACCCAGCACUGUGGACUUCCUAAUUCAAAGAAAAAUAACACAAUAACAUGGGUUUCUUUUUCCUUCUUUAUGCAAAUAUAUAUUGAUACUGAAUAUGAAAAUUUAUAAUGAACUCUGCAGGAUCAUGUAACAAAAUAUACAUCUUACAACUUGUUGUGCCAUUUUUGCACAACAUGUAUGUUUAUUUCACUGUUUGUUUAUUUGAUUAAAUUGUUCUCCAAAACCUAAUUUCCCCCCAAAAUCACUCAAAAAAUAAUUUGUUGUAUCAGAUUAUAUUUAUCUGACAAUAUAGCACUGUAUUUCAUAUCUUACAUAAUAUCACAGACAACACAAUGGACUCACAUGAUUUGCUUCAUUUUCAAUUGACUGCAACAAUGUACAGUAAAGACAAUUGCCAGCAGCCAUAACACCCUGUAGCC